AUGUUUCCGUCUCUACGUGUUUCUUUGAGCGGUUUGGAUCCUCGUGAGGAGUACUGCGUGUUGUUGGAGCUAUCAUUAGUUGGAAGACGACGCUGGCGUUGGGCUGGCGGUGCCUGGGCAGCGGCUGGUGGCGCUGAACCACAAUCUCCAAGAAGACUAAUGCUACACCCCGACUCUCCUGCCCCUGGUCAUCAUUGGACAGCUAACCCCGUAUCCUUCAGCAAACUCAAACUCACCAAUAAUACCAUGGAUGCACAGGGACAUAUGGUUCUAACAUCAAUGCACAAGUAUCGUCCACGUGUAGUGGUAGUCAGGGCUAGGGAUGCAGCCGCCUUGGCCUGGGGAGCCCCUCACGCCGCCUUCUCAUUCCCGGAGACUGAAUUCAUUGCUGUUACCGCUUACCAGAAUGAUCGGAUAACGAAAUUGAAAAUCGACAACAAUCCAUUCGCAAAAGGAUUCCGCGCUUGUGGCCAGUCCAAAUGCAAGAGGAAGAAUGUUGACGUAGACUCGGGCAUAGAAACACAGAGUGAGUCCACGGACGCGAAAAGACCCUGUUCAGAUGCUGCUUCAUCAUGUUCUGAAGAAGGAAGUUUAAGAUCGUCAUCACCACGAUCACCUCCUCUGAUAGAUUCACCGACGCCGCUUGUCACGGCCCCAGAAAACACAAGCCCCCCUCCAUUUUACCCCCCAGAAAUGCCGUACCUAAACCCACUACACAUGCCAAUACCCUACGGAAUGUGGCCUCCGCCAAAUAUGGCAACAAAUUUCUUAGGAACUUGCUGGAGUGCGUUACCCCCGCCAGCCCCGAGUAUGCCUUCACCCUCAACCCCUCCCGCCCCUUGUAGAAAAUUGAAAAGUUUCACCAUAAGCGCUCUACUUGGAGAGGGUUGA